GGUCAAGGUUAGCUCUGAGAACUGUGGAGCUCAUAGUUGUGGACCCGGAGGUGUUCAGUCUCACCUGCUUGGUGAAUUCCGCAGAUGUAAGUGAAGGAGAAGCCACUGUCCUGCCCUGAUUGUGAGUCACCUCUCUGAAGAGACCAGUGCAAGCAGAAGCCUAAACAUGCAUCAUGAAGAAUUAAUCUUGAUACUUUGUGUUCUCGUUGUUAAAAGUGCCCCGAAAAGUUGCAUUCGCCGGUCGCAAAUUCACGUAGUAGAGGGAGAGCCUUUUUAUCUGAAGCCCUGUGAUAUGUCUGCACCCAUGCAUAACAAUGAGACAGCCACCAUGAGAUGGUUCAAAGGCAAUGCUUCACAUGGCUACAGAGAGCUGAACAUGAGAAGCUCGCCCAGAAUCGCUUUUCAUGGUCACGCUUUGGAAUUCUGGCCAGUUGAGCUGGAGGACAAGGGAACGUACUUUUCUCAAGUGGGAAAUGAUCGUCAAAAUUGGACCUUAAAUGUCACCAAAAGAAACAAACACAGCUGCUUCUCUGAGAAGCUUGUGACGAACAGAGAUGUGGAGGUUAAGAAAUCUCUGUGGAUUACCUGUGAAAAUCCUAGCUAUGGAGAGCUGAUCAACCACACGUUGCUGUAUAAGAACUGUAAGGAAAUAUCCAAAACCCCAAUGAUCCUGAAGGAUGCCGAGUUUGGAGAUGAAGGUUAUUACUCCUGCGUGUUUUCUGUCCACCAUAACGGGCAACAGUACAACAUCACCAAGACUGUCAAUAUAACGGUUAUUGAAGGGAACAGUAAAAUAACUCCGGCUAUUUUUGGAUCAAAGUCUGCGAAGGUUGGUGUAGAACUAGGAGAAGAUGUGGAGCUGAACUGCAGUGCUGUGCUGAAUAGAAAUGAUCUGUUUUAUUGGAGCAUCAGGAAAGAGGACAGCUUAGACCCUAACGUGCAUGAAGACAGGAACGAGACAACAUGGACUUUUGAAGGCAAAUUGCAUGCUUCAAAAAUCCUGAGAAUUCAGAAAGUUACAGAAAAAUAUCUCAAUGUUUUAUAUAAUUGUACCGUGGCCAACGAAGAAGCCACAGACACCAAAAGCUUCAUCUUGGUGAGAAAAGAAACACCUGACAUCCAAGGCCAUGUCUUUAUGAGAGGAAUAACCAUGGUUGUUCUCACCUCUGUGGCAGCAGUGUGCGUGGUGAUUUUGUGCAUCAUUUAUAAAGUUGAUUUGGUUUUAUUCUAUAGACGUGUAGCAGAAAGAGACGAGACACUAACAGAUGGUAAAACAUAUGAUGCCUUUGUGUCUUACCUGAGAGAGUGUCAUCCUGAGAAUGGAGAAGAGUACACUUUUGCUGUGGAGACGUUACCCAGGGUCCUGGAGAAACAGUUUGGCUAUAAGUUGUGCAUAUUUGAAAGAGAUGUGGUGCCUGGUGGAGCUGUCGUUGAUGAGAUCCAUUCACUGAUAGAGAAAAGCCGGAGGCUAAUCAUCGUCCUCAGCAAGAGUUACAUGACUAAUGGAUCCAGGCUCGAGCUGGAGAGCGGACUCCACCAAGCACUGGUGGAGAGGAAGAUUAAAAUAAUCUUAAUCGAGUUUACUCCAGCCAGCAACAUCACCUUUCUCCCGCCGUCGCUGAAACUCCUCAAGUCCUACAGAGUUCUGAGGUGGAAGGCUGACAAGCCACUCUCUUCGAAAUCACGAUUCUGGAAGAAUCUUCUUUACCUGAUGCCUGCCAAAGCCGUCAAGCCAUGGAGAGAAGAAUCAGAGGCCCGGCCUGUUCUCUCAGCACCUUGAGCUUCAGACUAGCUCAGUGUUAAAGGGAAGUGAAGCCCUGCUAGAGGUCAUGUGUGUGUGCCUUUUCACAGCGGUGGCUGUGGUUCAAAGGACUGAAUUUUGUGAAUAUCCCUCCCACUCCCAGUUACGAGAUUUGUCAUUGGGUCAUCACAGAUGAAACAGAACCUUGACUGUGAUCCUGAACUCCCAGAAGACCUGGGGAUUCACGAGAAAUCAGUUUGUUAUGCUUCCUUCCCCUAGAGCAGUGGGUCUCAACCUGUGGGUUGUGGCCCCUUUUGCAAACCUCUAUCUUCAAAGAGAUUUAUGCUAUGAUUCAUAUCAGUAGCUAAAUUACAGUUAUGAAGUAACAAUGGCAAUAAUUUUAUGCUUGGGGGUCACCACCACGUGAUGAACUGUAUUACAGGAUCAAAGCAUUAGGAAGGUUGAGAACCACUGCCUCGGAGCUGGCAUUUCUCACUAUUCCAUUCAGCAAAGACGGAGGUGGGCAGGCAAACUGAUUUUAUCCCCAAAUAAGGGACCUCAUCAGGAUUUUUCAGCCAACAAUGGAUUCCAACUGGUGGUUUUUGCAUGGGCAGAGGUAUUUUCUAUGAACCAGUCUUUACUGCCUCUCAGGGGUACAUGGCUCUCAUGGGAGGUGGAAGGAGGGAGGGGAAGGUCUGGAUCCAGACAAGAGAAGGCUGAGUGAGAGAAAGCUCCAGGAACUUGGCUUCAGGGUGUUUGGUGCUGCAAGGUAGUUCUUAGAAACUCAGUCAGAGAUAAGACAGAGCUUCCUUAUUUCUUCAACCUUUUCUUAGGCCUUUGAAAUGGAAGCCUUGAUAUCAGUCACGGCAGACAGAACUUUAAGUUCAGAGAACUCAGUGGGCCUUUCAACUUUAGUGCCUUAAAGCCUUUGUUGGCUUUGUGUGGAUGUUUAUCUGGAGGAUCAUAUGAUGUGCUAAACUGUAACAAGCGAACAACAAUUGCUUGAUGUUUUUAUGAGCCAUUUCAAAUGCCCUCGCAUGCAGGCGGUCUCAGUGUGGUGGGGGCCGUGUGGUUGGGGCAGCCAAAUUUGAUGGACAAUCUUGGGAUUUCUGCUUCCAUCGUGAGCUCUAGAAUUUUAUCCAACUUCUCAUACUUCAAUUUCCUCAUCGCUAAAAUCACAGAGUUUAAAAUAAAUACACACAAGGGGACUAAGGACUGCUCUGCAAAUGCACUCUUACUGUUGAUAGCAGUACCGGUCCUUACUCAUGGCUGGCUCAGUGGAGGAAAUGAGCGCCAGAGAGUAGGCGGGGAAGCGGGUCCGCAAAGGGCAACAGCUUUCACAUGAGCAACAAACGGAGAGGACAGAGGAGAGACAUAGCAACAGAGAAAACACACAAACACACACACAGAAACAUACACAUACACAAACACAAACAUACACACACAUUCAAACACAAGCAUACACACACACAAACAUACAAACACACACACAAACAGAAACACACACACAAACACAUAUGAUCCUAGAUACACAAACAUAUAUACAGAAACACACAUUCAUAGACAAACACACAAACACAUAUACACACACACAUACAGACACCACAAAUAUACUUGCACAAACACACAGACCAACAGAAACACACACACACACACACACACACACACACACACACACACCACCUUCUGCUGAAAUAUGCAUUUCUGGGCACUGGAAGACACUUUAGUUUCUCUAAAGGGAACCUUCACACUGGGGCUUUCUCCACGGUUCAAAACAGUAGCUGUCUGUGAGAAUUGCUUAUGUGUGUGUGUGUGUGUGUGUGUGUGUGUGUGUGUGUGUGUGUGUGCCCAUGUGGGUGUAUGCUGACCUUGCAUAGAAAAGAAGAUUCAGAGAAGCCCAAAGCUGUGUGCAGGCUUGCAAAUGCCUGGGUUAAGCAGGAAUGUUCUAGGAAAGUCUGAAGUAGAGACUGUCCUAGAACAAAACAAAACAAAACAAAACAAAAAAGAAAAGCAAGAAGAAUGGGAUUCUCAAGUAAUUUUUGUAGCUCAUGACUUUGUGUGCUAUUUGACUGACUGAGAAAGAAAGGUAAAUUCAACCACCGUCUUACGUUCUGUGUGUGAGAACCUAGAUUCAGAAGAGAGUUUGUAGAGUUUGAGACGUGCUUCGUUCUUUUAUUACUUAUGCUUUGACAUGUGAAGUUUUUUCAUAUGAAAUGUAUUUUGCCUUAAAUUUGCCAAAUACAUACUUUAGAUUUGAAA